AUGAGCACCGCCCAGGUCCCCUUCGCCUUCCCCAUGGUCCACGUCAUCCUCUUCGUCUUCACGGCCUCCACCAUCUUCCACCUCCAGCAGCGCCUGGUGAGGAUUCAACCCACGUGGGAGGAGCUGCUGCCAGCACUCACGCCGGCCGUGACCUUCAGGCCCGUGAGCCAGAGGACCCCGAGCCGGCCACUCGGGGGCAUGUGGACCAUCAACGCCAUAGGUCGCCUGGGGAACCAGAUGGGCGAGUACGCCACGCUGUACGCCCUGGCCAAGGAGAACGGGCGGCCCGCCUACAUCCCGGCCCAGAUGCACAGCACACUGGCCCCCAUCUUCCGCAUCAGCCUCCCGGUGCUGCACAGCAGCACGGCCAACAGGGUCCCCUGGCAGAACUACCACCUCAACGACUGGAUGGAGGAGCGCUACCGCCACAUCCCCGCGCCCUACGUGCGCCUCACGGGCUACCCCUGCUCCUGGACCUUCUACCACCACCUGCGCCCCGAGAUCCUGCGGGAGUUCACGCUGCACGACCACGUGCGGGAAGAGGCCCAGGCCUUCCUGCGGGGGCUGCAGGUGAACGGCAGCCGACCGAGCACCUUCGUGGGGGUGCACGUGCGCCGGGGCGACUAUGUGCGCGUCAUGCCUCAGGUGUGGAAGGGCGUGGUGGCCGACCGCGGCUACCUGGAGCAGGCGCUGGGCUGGUUCCGGGCCCGCUACCGCUCCCCGGUGUUCGUGGUCACCAGCAACGGCAUGGCCUGGUGCCGGGAGAACAUGGACGCCUCCCGCGGGGACGUGGUGUUCGCGGGCAAUGGUCUCGAGGGCUCGCCGGCCAAGGACUUUGCGCUGCUCACGCAGUGUAACCACACCAUCAUGACCAUCGGCACCUUCGGGAUCUGGGCCGCCUACCUGGCCGGCGGGGACACCAUCUACCUGGCCAACUACACCCUGCCCGAUUCGCCCUUCCUCAAAAUCUUCAAGCCCGAGGCCGCCUUCCUGCCAGAGUGGGUGGGGAUUAAUGCUGACCUGUCCCCAUUGCUCAAGCACUGA